GCCUAUGGUAGAGGUAUCCAAGUAGUUGCCAGAUUCUGGUGUGGAUAAUAUGGUCUGCUAGUGGUUGCAAGGGUUGUUACCUUAGUGACCUGGAAUUUAUGAUAUGAAGAGGAAUGUUGAGAAUUGUUCUUAUCUCUCGGCCUGUCUGCAAAAUCUAAACUUGUGAAGUGUCAUGGAGAAGAAAGAUGCUCAUCUUGCCUGCAUCACCAGAAGAUCAGACAUAGAAGACUACAGAAGACAGAAUACAGAAGACUCUGGCACAAUUCAGCAGGGACCCCACGUGUGCCUUGGUCCAAAGGUUAACAGCAAGUAACUGAGUCUCUUCUCAUCUUGAUAAGUGUAAAGGGACCAAUCUGAUUGGCAGGAAGAGGGCUGAACUCAACUGUCAAUCAUUGACAGGAAAGAUGCAGAAGAUGGAAUAAUGAGAUGCCCUCUGAGCAGAGACCUCAGGCUGAGUAAGUCUUGGCACUACUACCUUAACCAUGGACAAGACACAAAUAGAAGAGGAGAUGGACAAAGGACAGAAGAGUGGACUGAGCAAGUAUUUCUCAACAACAUCCUCAUCCCCCACCAUGAAAGUGCCAAAACUAUGUGGAACCAACUACCCCCUGAGUAUAAUGUUCAUUGUUGUCAACGAGUUCUGUGAACGAUUCUCCUACUAUGGAAUGAAAGCUGUGCUCACCUUGUAUUUCCUCAAUUAUCUGCACUGGGAUGAAAACCUGUCAACAACAGUGUAUCAUGCCUUCAGCGGCCUCUGCUACUUCACCCCCCUUAUUGGUGCCCCUAUAGCUGAUGCCUGGCUGGGGAAAUUCAACACCAUCUUUUACCUGUCAAUCCUGUAUGUCAUUGGCCAUGUCAUAAAGUCAGUGGGUGCCAUUCCUACCAUGGGAAGUACCGAGGUGCACGUAGCGCUGUCAAUGAUAGGCCUUAUUGCUAUUGCAUUUGGUACGGGUGGCAUUAAACCCUGCGUGGCUGCUUUUGGAGGGGACCAGUUUGAUGAAGAGCAUGCACAAGAGCGCAGCAAAUUCUUUUCCAUCUUCUACUUGUCCAUCAAUGCCGGGAGUCUCAUUUCCACCUUCGUCACCCCGGUACUCAGAGGGGACGUUCAGUGCUUCGGAGGGGACUGCUAUGCACUGGCGUUUGGGGUUCCAGCCGCAUUAAUGUUAGUGGCUCUGAUUGUGUUUGUUGCUGGCAGUGGUAUGUACAAGAAAUACCCACCUCAGGGCAACAUCCUUGCCUCAGUGUUCAGCUGUAUUGGGUUUGCACUGAAGAACCGCUGGAGGCAUCGAUCCAAGCAGUACCCCAAGAGAGAGCACUGGUUAGACUGGGCUGACGAGAAGUAUCAAAAAAGUCUCAUCACAGAAGUGAAAAUGGUUACGAAGGUGCUUUUCCUCUACAUCCCACUGCCCAUGUUUUGGGCUCUCUUUGAUCAACAGGGCUCCCGAUGGACUCUUCAGGCCACCAGGAUGAACUCUGACUUUGGGGGAUUCGUUUUACAGCCAGACCAGAUUCAGAUCCUCAACCCUCUUCUCAUCCUCAUCCUCAUUCCUGUCUUUGACCUUGGCAUUUAUCCUCUGAUCAGAUGUUGCAAAGUCAACUUCAAGGCCAUUUCGAAGAUGGCCAUUGGUAUGAUCCUGGCAGCACUGGCAUUUGCAGUGGCAACUGUUGUUGAAAUUAAAAUCAAUGAAACUUUACCCCCAGUGCCCAAAGCCAAGGAGAGUUACCUACAGGUUCUAAAUCUCGCUAACAGUGAACUUAAUGUUGAGAUUCCAGGGUUUGAGACCAUCAAACAGCCCAGUCUGCAUGACACAAAUCCUGUGGCUCCACACUAUGUGAAACUGGACCUUCUCAACGCACAUAAUGAGUUUAAUGUCAAACUGACACAAGGACUAGUAACCUCAAACUGCCAGAUUCAUGUCCAUGAGCAAAGCAGCUUUAGUCUUCUUGUGUAUAGCGAAGGAAACAACCUAAACUGCCAUCUGUUUGAAGAAUCACAGACCAAACCAGCCAAUGGAUUAGCAGCAGUCAGGUUUAUUAAUAUGCUCAGCAAUGAGGCAAAUAUAACUACUGGUGAAUCAACUGUAAGUGCUAGAAGCGGAAACGCGUCUGCAUAUGUGAAGCUGAAGAGAGGAAAGAUAACUGCAAACUGCUUGACUGGAUCCAGAACUUAUGAACUUGAUCUUGGGUUACUCAACUUUGGUGCUGCUUAUACAGUCAUACUCAUAACGGUGAAUAAUGACACCAUUGAAUUGAAGAAGACAGAAGAUGUCACUGCCAACAGUUUCCACGUGGCCUGGCAAAUCCCUCAGUAUGUGCUCAUUAGUGCCGGAGAAGUCAUGUUCUCCAUCACUGGCCUGGAAUUCUCUUACUCCCAGGCUCCUACCAGUAUGAAAUCAGUGUUACAGGCCGGGUGGCUGUUCACCAUCGCCAUCGGAAAUAUCAUUGUGCUGAUCGUUGCACAAGCCGGGUCCCUUGAGCAGUGGGCAGAGUUCAUUCUGUUUGCUGCCCUACUGGUUGCCGUGUGCAUCAUCUUCUCCAUCAUGGGCUAUUUCUAUGUCCCUGCUAAUCCCGAUGACCUGAAGGAUAAGAAAGAAUUGGAGAAGAAGCAGCUGCAAGAUGACAACCUGAAUGCAAUUCCGAUGGAGGAGAAAUAAACCACGAUGUAACCACAAGCACAAGGAACAAUGUUUUAUUCCUGGGGAUUUGAACCCAAACCUUGCUGUAUGAGGAAGGAGUUAACUCUUCAUACUGGGACCAAACAUGCUCCUCCUCAGCCAAGGUCCAAAAACAAAAACUAUGAUUAUGUCCACAUGCACAGUUAAUGAAUUUCCUGUAGGCUUGCUGCUCCAAUGCUAAUGUUGCUCGACUACAACUCCCACUAACUCAAUUUCAGAGGAUUUUGGGAACUGUAGUACAGCAAUAUCUGCAAGGACCCAAGGUGUCCAAAUAUUCUUUCACCAGUAUUUUUAUUCCAUAUGGACAUUCUGAUUUGUGUUGUACAGAUUCGUGAUACAUGAUAUUAUUUCUGUAAAUCUCAUGGCCCUUUAUGAAUAAAACUAUACAGUCUUUUCCAGGA